GGAGAGGAGAAAAAUGGGAAGCAGAAUGGAGGAGGGAUAACCAACCCGCGCCUAGUUGGUGUACAGCGCGUUCUGCGUCUAAAAGUCCUAUUUUGCGGAUAUUUUACCUUUUAUCAAAUAAUUUUUAACGUGUAUUAUUUUGAUAUUUUUAGUGAAAAAAAUAAAUUUUUUAAAAAUUAAUUAAUUUUUUUUAUGUUUCUUACACAUUUUUAAAUUAUUUUUCAAAUAUUUUUUUAACUUCAAUUUUUUAAAAAUUUAUUUUAUCGAAAAUUUAUUUUAUGAAACCCUAAAUGUUAAUUAAAUUUCAAAAUUAUUUAAUUAAUUCCUUCCUCAAAAUGAACAACAAAAAUAGUGUUAAUAUUUUAAAUAAAUUAUCUACAAAGCCAAUUUCUUUUGCUCAAACUAAUGAAGUUGGUCUUUUUCAAUUGCCAGUUACUUUAAAUACUGAUAAAGGGAAGGUGACGAUUAAUGCUGUUUAUCAGGAUACACACCCCGAUGGUUCUUCUUAUAAAGGACAAACAGUUAUAAUGCUCCAUGGAUCACCUGGUUCUCACAACGAUUUUAAAUAUAUUGUGCCUCUGUUAAGUCCGAAAGGAGUGCGUUCUAUUGUAAUUAAUUGGCCUGGUAUGGGUUAUAGUGAAUAUGAUGACAAUUUAAAAAAUGAUAAUUUGGAAAGAACAGAAUAUGUCCAAUCAAUAAUUAAUUUUUUAAAAUUACAAAAACCUUUAAUAUUUUUUGGUCAUUCUAGAGGGGUAGAAAAUGCUUUUAGAUUAGCUGAGAGAAAUGAGGAAAAAACAGUCGGAAUUAUUGCUGCUAAUUUUGUUGGAGUACAGCCACAUAUUGGGGUCCGCCCUUUUUUCGCAAUUAAAUUUCUUUCUGCUUUAUGGGAAUAUGCUGGAUGGUUGAGGCUUCAAUCUGUGCUUGAACCGAUUUAUAAAGCUAGUUAG